GCGAAACAGUCAUUAGUUCCCGUUCUACUUUUGGACACCAAUGUGGCUGAGGCGUCUGUGGAAUGUUGUUAACAAAGGCAAUGACGCGAUCGAGUGACGGAGGUGCAUCCCCAUACUACUUUGCGACACCAUCUGGUGAUUGUGAUGCAGGGGGAUCUAGGGUCCCAGCGGAGUUUCAGUGUGUUGGACCGACUCCUCCACACACACCCCGUCUGGCUGCAGCUGUCCAUCAAUGCUGACUCCGCCCUCUAUAUCCUGCUCAGAGAACCUGUCGGGACAUUCCUGGUGCGUAAGUGCAGCUCCAGCCAGAGGAAGUUGUUGUGUGUCAGAGUGACCGCAGACCGAGCAGCAUCCUCCAUUAAGGAGUGUCUCAUAUGUGAGGAAGACUCCACCUUCGCCUUGGAGAGCUCCGCCCUUAGCUUCCCAGACCUCUGCCGAUUGGUGGCCUUCUACUGCAUUAGCAGGGAUGUGCUGCCUUUUCCACUGGAGCUCCCAGAAGCCAUUGCUCAGGCCUCCACCCACAGGAGGCUGGAGGCCAUCUCCCAUAUGGGAUUAGAGUUCUGGAGUUCACUCUCUGACACCCAGAAUGGACCUGGGGAUCUACAGGCUCCACCCACCAUCAAGGCUUCACCCAUUACCACCAAGACUCCGCCCACCAGUGCCAUGCAGGUCAAGGCGGGUCUGUCCCAGGACCUGUGUUACCUGCUGUCCCGCAGCAGACAGGAAUCUCUCUGCUUCAUUAACCCUCUCUUUCUCCAGCUUGAGCAGCAACAGCAGCCGCAACAGUCGAUCCCGGGGGCGUCCCACAAACGCCACCGCUUCAAACGCAGCAUGAGGGUCCGUGUCUCCACAGAGAGCUCCAUGACUCUGUCUGGUUGUGGAGGUGGUGGAGGGGGGGCUGGGUCAUUCCCCUUGCCCCCACCGGAGAACCCCAAGGACCAGGAGAGGCUCCAGCCCACACCCCUCCAGCCCAGUCCCAAACCGCACAGAAAGGUCCAUCCUGGGGCUGGCAUCCUGAGGAAAACCCCUGCACUGUCCCUCAUGUCGGCCGAGGAUGAGGACCUCGUGCCUGUACCGCCAGCGGCUCCAACAGAUCCUCCAGUGGGGGAGGUGGAGGAGGACCCAUCUGCUCCAGAGGAGCCCAGCAUCGAAGAGGCGUGCUUGGCCUUGGAGGGCCACCCAGCCCCCUCUCUGGCCCAACUGGACAGCAGCAGCUCUUUCAGCAGUCUGGAGGAAGAGGAUCCAGGAGCAGAAGCAGAGGACCAGUUCUUCAAACAACCAAACCCCAACCCUCAGCACCGCCCGCCCUUGGUGCGCUCGCGGGGGGGUCACGGAGGCCUGCAGAGGAUGAGCGCGGCAUUUGUGUGUUUCUUUGCUCCAGAGAAGAGGCUCGCCAGGCUGGUGGAGGAGCUAUCCAGGGAACGGAGGUCUGCGUUUGGAUCCUUGGUCCAGGAGUUCCUCCAGAAGCAGAAAGAGGAGCUGAGAGGGGUCUUGACCCAGGCUGCCUCUUCAUCGUCGUCUUCCUCGCCAAAGUCCUCCUUGGCGGUGCUCCAGGGGCUGCGGUGCUUCUUGUCCCAGGCCAAGAGCUUCCUGCUGGACAGCGGAGAACUGUCGCCCCCCCUAGAGACCCUGGUGCCCGACAACGAGAAAGACAUAGCCCUGGAGAAGGCCAUGUUUGGCUGUGUGCUGAAACCUUUGAGGGUUCUGCUAGACCAGGCCCUCCUCUCCCUCCACAGACAGGACGGCUCCACCCAGCACCUGGCCUCUAGUCUCCUGGCCUGCCAAGAGGGGGCGAUGGAACGCCUCGGAGUGCUGGUGGGCGUGCCCGACACACGCGGAGUGGAGAGGGUGAGGCAAAAGCUGGGCCUCAUGCAGCGCACCCAUUCACCCAUAGACAAGGUGCUGCUGCUGCUGCAGGUCUGCAAGUCGGUCCAGAAGGCCAUGGGGGCCCUCCACGACGGUGGACAGGAAGUGAGCUCUGAGGACUUCCUGCCGGCGCUGUCCUAUGUGAUAGUGAUGUGUAACACGCCUCAGAUCCUACUGGAGGUGGAGUACAUGAUGGAACUACUAGAGCCCUCCUGGCUCACUGGGGAGGGUGGCUACUACCUGACCAGUGUCUAUGCCAGCCUCUGUCUGAUCCAGAGCCCUGAAGCGAAGGGCGACCAAGUCCCCCCAGGAGGUCUGACCCGCGAGGCCCUGGACGGGCUGAGGGAGUGGGGCCGCAGACGCAGCCUGGAAGCCAAGAGCAACCGUGAGAGACAACAGAAGCAGAGGUGUGUUCGGGUACUGUUCCAGGACGGCGAGCGCAGCGCUGUGCGGACGCUGCAGUGGAGAGCCGGGGAGAGCAGCGAGGCCCUAGCCCAGCUCUGUGCCUCCACCUUCGGCGUCUCCGAGCCCCAGGACUACACCCUCUACUGGAGGUCCGGGGGGGAGAUGAGGACCCUUCCCACCCAGACACAGCCUCAGGACCUGGCCAGCCACAGUGAGGGAGGCCCCUCUCUCUCCUACCUUCGCACGGACCACGACUUCAGCAAGAUGCGGCGCCUGACCAGAGGGGGAGCUGUGGACCUGGGGGAGUCCGUGUGUGAGGAGUGAAGGCGAUGGAAGGAAGGAGGGAGGAAGAGGAGGUGGAAGAGUUCUUCUCGGAUCUCAGCGUUUUUCGAUUUAUUGAUUGAUUAAAAAAGCUGUGUUGUGUCUUGGACGUGUUGUCAUAACUACAGCUCUCACUAAAGACUAAGGGGCAAGUCUCAAUUGGCACCCUAUUCCAUAGUGGAGGUUUAAAAGUUGUGCACUGCACUGUAUGGGCUCUGGUAAAUAGGGUGUCACUUGAGACUCAGCCUUAGAGGAAGGGCAGAUGGUUGUCUAUUAUUCACAUCACUUCUGUCAAUCUGCUGCUCCUUGGUUGGAACCAUAGAAUUAGAAUGAAUUCUAUAAAUUAUAUUUCUAUGUUCAGAACCCUGUUGUUAAGGGUUGGGUGGGGGGGGGGGUGGCCUAAAACACUAGCUACCGGUAUGUCCUUGCUACUGUAACGUAAGAGCGACGGAAAUAUUUUUUGUAAGACCGAACCUCAAUACCAAAGUUAAGAAAGUAAAGUCAUACACAUAGGAAUGUGUGCAGCUCAGAGGACAAGCUUUGCUUUAAGGUAAGAUGGACCUGGUUCUCUUGACUUAUUUACAGUGUUACAGAUAAAGAAUGAGUGAAUAAGAGCCAAUACAGGCAAACGCCAUGAAGCCAUUUGGAUUGUGAGUCUGAGGUACUGUUGAUGUUGGCUCUGCCACCUCUAGUCACUUACUGUUGACAGGAUUGUGGGAAAACCAUUUUUUAACUUUACAAAUAGAAAACCGGUUUGAGGAAUUUUGUUGAAAGGCACAAUAUUUCCUUGUUUUAAGAUUUUUGCCAACUGAAUGUCUCUUUAUGCUAAAAACGGACACAUUUGUCAAAAUAAUUACUUUUUUCUGUUUCACUUUCUAUUACUGUUUCCAUUGAACUGCUUUAAUAUUCCAUGAUAAAAGUAGCUUCUGAGAGAAAAGACCAUCUACGUGACAAUGGCCAAUAAAACUGGGACCAUGUUAUGCCUCAUGGCGAUUAGCUGAAUGUAAAGUCACCUAAGUGGCCAUGGCAACGACUCCUGCUGCAGAUCAUCUUUGCCAACUGACUGUUCAACUUAAUGUUAACACUUAUAAUGUAUUAUUACAAUAAUGAAUUGUUUCAACAACAAAAAAAGGUUGAAUAGUUAUAUUGAGUAUGAAUCAAAGAUUUCUAAAAAGGAAAGUGAGAUAUUUACCUUUAUGGAAGCUUUUACUGGAGAAGGGGUUCUUUAAAGAAGAACAAGGACACAUUGAGGACUAUUGCAUGUGCUUUUCAUUGAAUGUAAAGACUUUGCUGGUUUCGUAUGUGAUGCAUGUGUUGACUGUGUUGAAAAAGGCAACAUAAUGGCAUUCACUAUUUCAUUGGCUGUAUAACACAUUGCUGUAUUUUGUCCAGUAAUACAAAAUCGCAAUAAAAUUGCAUUAUCGGUUCAUAGUGCUACUACAUGA